GGAAUUUACCUCCACCCACGGGGAAGCGAGACGAGCGGAGUUCGAAGCGGAAGUCAAACUGGUGCGAGAACUCUGUGAUCAGCGACACGGGCGGCCGUAUUGCACUCGCGCUGAAAGUAGCUGGAGGAACUGAGACAGACCCACGCUGCCGACAAAGAGGUCGUAUUUGCGAGCGUCGGACCGAGCGAGCCCCUUGACCGCGGACACACACACGCACACCUGCAGGAACCCGUCAGAGCAGAGUAACCCGACCCAGCGCCAGCAGCACCAUGAGCGGCCAUUACAGCGUCUCCCUGCCAGGCCCCGCCCCCUGGGGCUUCAGACUGCAGGGGGGGAAGGACUUCAACAUGCCCCUCACCAUCUCCAGGCUGACAGACGGGGGCAAGGCGGCCAAGGCCAGCAUCGCCGUGGGCGACCUGGUGCUGUCCAUCGACGGCAUCGCCACCGAGGGGAUGAACCACCUGGAGGCCCAGAACAAAAUCAAGGCCUGCGCCGGCAACCUGGAGCUCUCCUUGCAGAAAGCUUCAAGCGUGCCAAAAGUUACUGAGGUGGUCAAGGACCUGCCCCCGGAGAUCAUAAAGCCGGUGCCCAUCACCCAGCUGCCCCCGCCCACCGCCCCCGCCCCCGCCAGCACCGGCCCCAGCCCCGCCUACAACAAAACCGCCCGCCCCUUCGGGGUGCGCAGCGGCGGUGGCGCCCCCCCCACCGCCCCCAAAGUGGCGUCCAUCCCCUCCGCCUCCUCUGCCUUCACCCCCGCCGCCCCCGCUCACCCGCCCCCUCCCCAGCCCCCCUUCCCCCUGGCCAGCUCUUCCUCCUCCCCUUCCCCUUCCUCCUCCUCCGCCUCCUCCUCCUCUCCCGGGAGAGUGACGGCCCCCCCCUCUGUCCCCCCCGCCCCCCCGCCGUCCGCCGUGCCCCAGCCCUCUGUCUAUAACACGCCCAUCCAGCUCUACUCCAAUGAGAACGCCUGCGAGGUGGCCAUGGGCCAGAGGCGGGGCCUGCUGGAGAACCAGGGUGGAGCCGUGCAGCAGAAUGGGGUGCCCAGGAGGCCCAUCGUGGAGACGGACAUCCACUUCUACCACGUGCCGUCCCACGGGGACGCCAGCAAGAAGCGUCUGAUGGAGGACACGGAGGACUGGCACCCCCGCACGGGCACGUCCCAGUCCCGCUCCUUCCGCAUCCUGGCACAGAUGACGGGCACGGGCGAGGGGCAGCCGGAAGGACUGGACAGCGAAGGCGGGAAAAAACAGCCCCAGACAGUCAGUGGACAGGUCAGCCCGCCUGUACGAAAGGGCGCGCCCUCAGAGCUGAGCUCGGGUGCGGCGCCGGUUCAGCUGUCCAAUGGCGUGGAAGAGGAAUCCGCCGCGACGCCACGGACUCGUCACGCGGUCGGCACGCAGACCGACGCCCAGCUCGAGGAGACGCAACUCGGCAGCCUGCUGUUAGUAGACUCCACCCCCGAUUCAGGACAGCCAGCAGGCCCCGCCCCUUCCCUACAGUCCACAGACUCCGCCCCUUCCCUACAGACCACAGGCUCCUCCCCUUCCCUACAGUCCACUAGCUCUGCCCCUUCCCUACAGUCCACAGGCCCUGCCCCUGCCCUACAGACCACAGGCUCCUCCCCUUUUCCAUUGCAGACAACUGAUCCUGCUCCAGCACUGACGCAUGGCAUCAUUUCCGAUGCCCCUCCCACUCAGCCACACGCCCCUCCUCCAGUUACUGAAAGUCUGGCAGUGCAGGCGUCCCGUCUGUCGGCUGUCCCCACUGAACUGUGUCCUGCCUCUGCUGCAAGGCUGAUCCUGUCUCCUGCACCCCUGAGAAAGGCCGUUUUGCGGAACCCACUGGAGUUCCUGCCCCGCGGGGCACCAUGCCCACCCCCCCUCACCCCCAGCGCCCCCCCUCAGAGGGCAGCGGGCAUCGUGUCCACUGUAGCCCGCUCCCAGGCCAGACGGCCGGAAGGGGCGGUCUCUCCGUCCCUAUUGGACGCCCUCCUCAUCUCCCCCGUGUUCCGAGCCCCGCCCCUUAGACUCAGGAAGAAAAAGCGUCGGACGAAGAGCGCCCUCCAUCUGCAGAAGAUGAAGAGUGUCUCCUGGCACCAGUCAGUCACUGAUCUCAGUGACCCGUCCCUCUCCUCUCCUGUAAGUGCUGUCUAUAUCCUUAGUGACCUCACAGAGGAGCCCAGCUCUCCGGCCGCGAAGACCAUGACCAAAGCUCCGACCGGCGGCCUGAGGAACACUAACUCCGCCCCCGCCACCACCUACAAGCCCCCCACGGCCCUGGGCGCGGUGUUCCCCAAGCCGGGCGCUCAGAUCGGACACGUCGCCCCCGCUUUCGGGUCGGUGACCAACAGCUCCCCGAAGGUCCCGGUCCCGGCGCCGGACCGCCCCGCCCCGCGGCCGCACCCCAAAGACGAGGACUCCCUGGUGCAGCGGGCGGAGCACAUGCCGGCUGGGACGCGCACGCCCAUGUGCGGCCACUGCAACAUGGCCAUCAGGGGUCCCUUCCUGGUGGCCAUGGGGAAGUCCUGGCACCCCGAGGAGUUCACCUGCGCCCACUGCCACGGCUCCCUGGCGGACGUGGGCUUCGUGGAGGAGCGGGGCGCCGUGUACUGCGAGCACUGCUACGAGGAGUUCUUCGCCCCGACCUGCGGGCGCUGCCAGCACAAGAUCCUGGGGGAAGUGAUCAAUGCCCUGAAGCAGACCUGGCACAUGAGCUGCUUCCUGUGCGUGUCCUGUCAGAAGCCAAUCGGAAACAGCACCUUCCACCUGGAGGACGGCGAGCCGUACUGCGAGAGAGACUAUUACACCCUGUUCGGCACCAGCUGCCGGGGCUGCGACUUCCCCAUCGAGGCCGGGGACAAGUUCCUGGAGGCCCUGGGGGCCACCUGGCACGACACCUGCUUUGUGUGUACGGUGUGCUGUGCCAGUCUGGAGGGCCAGGCCUUCUUCUCCAAAAACGGCAAGCCACUGUGCAAGAAGCACGCCCACACCGUCAAAAUCUGAGCCCCGCCCCCCCAACCCCCCAACCCCCGCCCCCCCGAGGAAGGAGAGAGGACUGACGGAGGAGGAGGGAAGAGAACCUUGUCAAUCAGCUGUUGAUAUUGUGAUUUUUUGAAUGAUCGAGCCCUUUUAUCCCUUGGACUUUCUUUAGCACAUAUUUUAUGUUUUAUGGGGGGUUUGCUCUCUUUUUUUCCUUGCUCUUUUUUUUAAAGGAACGUUGCCGGUCUCAUUGGAGACCAGACAGCAGAACUCAGUUCUUAAGAUUUUCUUGUGAAAAAGCCAAAAUGAUUAAUUUAAAUGUCCUAAUUCCUAAAUACUUUUUUUUUUUUUUGCACAUUCAAAAGAACGGGAAUUAAAUAUUUAGUUGUACAUUUCUAAAAAGAAACAUAUUAAGUUUAUUUAGAACCCUAUUUUAUUUGCCCCAGACACUCACACAUUCAUGUUAUGUGUCAAUGAGUAUACAGUGUUGGAGGGUAGGGGGAGGGGGGGAUUUGAGCAUUAUUAAUCGGUUUUGAGUCUCGGACACCAUGUCAGGGAAAUACGAUGUCUGACCUGGGUCAGAACUGACCUGCAUAUAGCACAGUCCCAAACUCUCUACCAGAGAGCAUUUUAGAGUCACACCUCGUCUGUUUCUGCGCAAAAACGAUUUCGCUGUUUGCAAGGAAUCCUGAAAGGAGUGGUAAGGGAGUGAGGUUUUUGGGUACUGACCCUGAAAGGACUCUGUCCGUCACCCUGGGAACAUGAAAGAGGGAUAAAUGUGGAAAGUGUGUGAAAGAGGAGAGGUCGGGAGGAGUGGAGGGGUGUGUUUUCGUUGUUCUGUUAAACCGGUAACACUGUUUGAUUCAUGAAUGUUGUGAUGGAAUAUCUCACUACAGAAGCAAUGAACCUGAAUGACAUACAAAAAAAAACAGAAAUAAAUGGCAGAAUUAAUUUGAAAAAGUGGAAUUGUGUUAUUGUGGAUAUUGCUGCUUUGCUUUUAUUUGGUUUUAGUCUGACUGUCCCUAAAUCAUGCAAAUGAACUUCUAGCACUGUAGCACAAUACAGUUCAGGGAUCGGUGAAGAUUAGAUCUCCUGGCUUGGGCAUUUUAACAGAUAUAAACUGAUAGGUUUAAUUUUGUGUCUGUGUUGAAGAGAUAUCCAAGAUUACUACAUUUGUGAAAAAUAUGUUAUUGAGACAAAAAAAGAGACCUUAAUGUAAUGCAUUAUCUGGGGAUGUCAAAAUUUGAGAUGUGAAAUUAGUGUUUUCAUAAGUUAGGGUGAUCAUGUCUCGUCAUGACGACACGCUGUCUAGCCAGUACCUGACAGCACAGAGCUGCUAAGAGUUCACUUUCCUUACCGAGAAAAUUAGCACAAAACUGCGAUGUUAGGCAUGAGCAUCGUUAAGCUAUUUACAUUUUCUUUUCUGUUUUUCUUGGCUUUAAAUUCUGCUACGGUAACUGUUGUUUGCAAAGCAGUUUAGGAGACACUGAUAUCGCUGGUAUGGAAUGGGAUAAACAAAUAGCCAUAAUAGUAACGGAGCUGAGCUGUUCUUAACCUCCUGCGAUGCUGAUGGAGGGUGUGUAAAAUCUGUUAUCUGUAAUGGGCAGUUUACUCAAACACAACGCCUGACGUUUCUGAGUAUCUUGUGGGAGCUUUCGGAUGGUGCGUUGUGUAGUAGGUACUUUGAUAUAUAUAUUUCUGAACAGUGUUGUUUGGGGGUUCACAGGGUUUAAGCAUUGUAAUCAUGUUAUCCGUCUUAAGGCAACGUUGCAUGGAAACUCAUCUAUGCAGCUGCGAUGUAGAACAAAUUCAUCUUGAGUGUUCAGGCCUUUUGAUUGUGACCUUGAAUGUUUUUUUUUCUCACAAAAGAAGUGAUGGCGUAUAUUCGUUUUUAUUUUUUUUAUUUGUUCAACUUAAUGAAAAGAUAAUUCUUUGGAGAGCAAAUCGCAAGGUAUUACAUUGUAGAGCAGAUACGAGAUACCCUGAAGGAAAGCUUGUAUUAUUGAUGUGCAAACAGACGGGUACUUAUUGAAGAACAGGAGCAAAGAAGACAUUGUUUUUAAGGUUUGGGUUUUAGCCAAUGUCAUUUAAAUGUCAUGAAAAGUAACUGUCUACCAAUUCCUCCUGUGCUAGCUUGGCUCUUGAAGACACAAGCACUGAGGUAAAUGCCCACCUGUAUGUUCAUCGUUAAAUAUUUAUAAAUAUUUAUAAUAGUGCCAUAGGAAUGUUGAAAAGUAGUUGGCCACUUAAUAUGACAGGUCUAUGCAGACACUGCUGUGUUUGUGGUGUUAGGGCAUUCGAAUACCUCCAUACUUUGUGGCUUUUCCCCAGUGUUUUGUACACAAAAAGGACUUUGAAACAGCUAUGGAUGUUUGUGAAAAUGAUAUUGUGUGUGUGUGUGUGUGUGUGUGUGUGUGUGUGUACAUGCGUGAGUGUGAGAGAGAGAGACAGCUGUGGUGACCUUGCGCUCAGGUCCCAUUAGGCUUCUUUAUCACAGUCCCUACAUUGACUUUCUGCAUUGCAAUGGGCUCAUUUUUUUAUUUUUGUGAAUCUUUGUGAGGGAAAUAAAAUGACGUACAACGACCCCCUUCCCCCCACCCAUCUGUCCCGCGCACGUGUGUCUUAAAUGCCAGCCCCUUAUUUCUGUACAUGCAGUAACUAAUAAACUGGUUUACUUCACCAUGA